CCGGACGUCUUCUCCCACCCCACUAGCUCCUCUUGGCGAGACAAGGGUCUCUCCGCGCAUCGCGAAUUUCCACUUCGACCAUCGUCACCAACAUCGCAACCACCAAAGCCGCCAUUGCGCCUCACAGAAACCCCCCGCAACCAUGAAUCUCUCGAUAUUCCGACCCGUCUUCCGGCCCUACAAAGCAACACCGCCAUCGCAGUCAACCAACAUCUGGCAACGGACCGCACAACAAACAUGUCGGCAACCGCCCAAGCCGCAACGAGCAACCUUUUCCACAACACCGUGCCUGCAGAAGAGGAGUAAAAAAGGGCCCGGAAACGAUCCCAGGAUAACAAACAUCCGCUACCACCUCUCCCACCCCCUCACCCCCCGCCCCCUACACUUCUCCCGCAACCGCUCCCUCCGCCACUGGACCAUCCACCGCGCCUGGCUCCUCUUCCUACGCAAGCGCCGCUGGGCCGAAGAACGCGAGCUAGAGCGCCAAUACAUGGCCAUGCGGUCCGCGUGCGAGCACCUCCGCCUCAUGGAUAACAACGGUAACCUCGUGCAACAGGACGAGGCGGGCGGACAGGGCGCCGAUCCGAGUCGUCUAGGUAGUAAAGGAAGAGAGGUGGGACGAUUGUAUCGUAGUGCGAUGCUUAAGAGGGGGGUGUGGGGGAGUGUGCCGGUUGAGUAUGGGAGGGUGCAGACGGAUUUCCCGCCGAGGGAGGGGUGGAAUCAUGCGUGGGUUAGGAAUCAGUAGGAAUAGUAGAGAAAUGCUGUCAUUGCAUUGUUUGUUGUUGUGCUGGUUUCAUGGGCUAUGAAGGUUUUCGAGGGGGACGUGU